CAGGCUUAAGCAAAGAACAGGCGAUAUUCAGGACUAGGUUCUGUGGGAUCAGGGGUUUUAUUUUUAUUAUUCAUUAUGCUGCAAGAGGCACAAUACUAGCUAGCUAGUACCAGUGGUAACCACAAAUCGAAAGAAGGCAAGAGCUAAACCGUAUAUUUGAGGGCAUGCAUCGAUCACCGAUGCAUGGCAAUGUAUUGCAGUCUCCCAGCACCAAUCAAAUAAUCGAAAAUUUCUGAGAAACUCCUGUUCAAACUCAAAUCCACUGAGAGGCAGAGACUUGUUGGUUGUUGGUUGUUGGUGGCGGGCCUUUGCCAUUGAUCAUCAUGCUCCUAUCUACAAUUCUGAGAAGACAACAGCAACAAAAACAACAUCUUCCAACCCUGUGUCAAAGAGGAACUACAGCUCUAUUCUUGAUGAUCCUUUCUUCCCGUGAUUCUGCCGCCAUGACAACCAACGCUGCCCCCAACGCUACCACUUUGACGCCGACUGAUUUCUACGUGAUUGCUCGUGAGCAUGGUAAAGUUCGCAGUGAUCUUCCAGUUUGGGCAUCGAAGCAGAUGGAUCCAUUCCAGUUGGGCGAGAACCAACAAAAGAUCACUGACAAUGGAGAAAGCUGUGUGGCCAUGGAACGUCGUAAUGUCAAGGGCGUCCCGGGUGCCUUUCAGAUUCUCAAUGUCUUUUCCAAGGAGGAGACCCAACGAAUGGUGGACAAAUUUGAAGAAUUGGGAUUCACCGAGGACGCUGCCGUGUCACUCCCGAGAUCCGUCCGUCACAAUUCCAAUCUCAACUGGAUUGCGGAUGACAGGACCUUGGAAAUCAUUUGGGAUCGUUGCAAAGACUUCUUUUCUGACGACAAUGACGAGGGCGGAGUCAACAAUGAUAAGAAACCACUGGGCUUGAAUGGCAAGUUUCGAGUUUAUCGUUAUGAACCCAAUGACUUUUUCAAGAUCCACACGGAUGGUUCCUGGCCAGGAAGUCGUGUCGUUAAUGGCAAGAUGGUGGUCAACUCGUUUGUUGAUCGAUGGAGCAUGUACAGCUUCUUGGUCUUUCUCUCGCAAGACUUUGAAGGCGGCGAGACCGAGUUUCUAGUCAACAAAUUCAAUCUGGCCUUGCCUGCACGUAACAUGCAGGAGGCCGAGACCAUCGGCAUUCGAACCCCCGUGGGAGGUGUCUUGUGCUUUCCUCACGGUGAACAUCCCCUGCAUUGCCUUCAUGCCUCUGCCACCAUUACCAAGGGAGUCAAGUACAUUAUUCGUUCCGAUGUGCUCUUUGAACUGUAGUUUAUUCUCAAUCGUCUUGAUACUCUAGCUAGAUAGUUCGCGGCAUAACCAGGCUAAAGCUGAUCGGUUCCAGUG